AGAAUUCUGCACCCUAUACUUCAUUGUACUUACAGUUCCAGGAUAAACUAAAGCAAUGGCGACAAUAAUAGAUCACCUUUAAGACCAAGGCUUUGUUAGAGAAUAGUAUGGAAUUAUACGGAAAUCUUCCCUUUCCGGGUAAGGAUCGAGCAUCCAAUUAAAAAUGCAGAUCAGCUGUGCGGAGGUAGCAUGCGAUAAAAAUUGUCACUUCUUCAACAAGAUGGCGAACGAUGUAGGGAUGUGGAAUGUCCUUGUCAUGGGCUUUUCCUUUAUGUUUAUGUUCACAGCCUUUCAAACGACGAGCAUGAUCGAGCCAACUGUACUACAGAAUUUCACCAGCAAAGAAUACCCUGAAAAACCUGAAAAACAUAUCAAUGGCUAUAUAAGCCAGGGUAUCAUCUAUGCAGUUUUUGCGUUGGCUAACUGGCUGGCACCUUCUUUUGUGGGGAUAUUUGGACCAAGAGUUUCAAUGAUUGUUGGAGGGAUCUGCUAUGCCCUGUUUAUAGCAAGCCUCAUUGAACCAAUGGCAUGGAGUGUAUACACAGGAUCAGUUAUUAUUGGAUAUGGAGCAAGCGUAAUAUGGACGGGUCAAGGUACCUUUCUUACAAUGAAUUCCACUCCUGAAACAAUCUCAAGAAACAGUGGCAUUUUUUGGGCGUUGCUCCAGUGUAGCUUGCUCUUUGGGAACAUGUAUGUUUACUUUCAGUUUAAGACUCAAGUGGGAGGAAUCAGUGACACGGUUAGGAGGACAGUGUAUACAGUAUUCACCACUGUGUGUGGUUUAGGAAUAUGUCUGUUGUUCCUUCUUCGGAGACCAUCAAGUUUGCCAUUAGAGGUAAAUGAGAAUGACAAUGAUGAAAGAGAAUUAAGUCAAAAUAUCAGGCAACUUCCCAGCACUGAGAGAAGAGGUGCCCUGGAGUCACUCAAGGUUGCUGUAAGACUGUUUUUCACAAAGGAUAUGUUUUUCCUCAGUUUGUGCUUUGCAUACACAGGUCUUGAGCUCACAUUUUUUAGUGGUGUGUAUGGCACUUGUGUUGGAAACACACUUCUCUUCCCCAAUUCUAAACGUCAAAUUGGAUUGGUGGGAAUGCUCAUUGGUUGUGGUGAGAUAAUUGGUGGCCUUAUAUUUGGAAUCUUUGGCAAAAGAAGUAACAAGUUUGGCAGAGAACCCAUUGUCCUUUUUGGAGCACUUGUUCACUGGAUUUGUUUUCUUCUUAUCUUUUUCAACAUUCCUGAGAGAGCUCCUAGCGGACCAGUAUCAGGAGGAGAGAAUUACCAUGUAUUUCCAAAAGGGCCCAACUUACCUGUUGCUUUGCUUUGUGGUUUCCUUCUGGGGUUAGGAGAUAGUAGCUUUAAUACACAGAUUUAUGCAAUUUUGGGUUCUCUGUAUGAAAAAGAUAGUGCUCCAGCUUUUGCAUUGUUUAAAUUUGUACAGUCCCUUACAGCAGCCAUUGGAUUCUUCUACAGUCUAAGGUUAAAUUUACCAUGGCAACUGCUUAUUCUGGUGGUUUCUUCAUUGUUUGGAACACUUGGUUUCUUUCAAGUAGAGUGGAAAGCAAGAAGAGUGGCUAAUCAGGGUUAUGCUCCUAUAUCAAGUUGAUGUGUGGAAGAUGAAUACUAAUAAUUAUUUUCAUCACCGCUUGCCUUGUCCAGUUAAAGGAUCCAUU